AUGCCUACUAGACCUUCCAUUCAAGCACUUCCUCAACCUUCCUCUUCAAACACCCACGCACAUCAACAACCCCUCCAUCACCUCUACCCUCUCUUCGCAGCACUCACCUUCCACGUCCUCUCCCCUAAAAUCGAUCUCGCCAGGGUGUAUCAAUGCAUCGACGAUCUGGGAGGUCGAUGUGUCGGUCCGGAACAAGCACGUUUUGUCAUCACCGCUCUUCGUGGGAGGCCACGUUUGAGUAGGGCGUUAGGAGAAUGGAUCGAUGCUGUUGUGGUGGUGAGCGAGGAAUGGAUUUAUGAGUCGUAUGAAAGAUGUCUAAGCGCGGCUACGGAAGAUGAAAAUGGAGGUAUCCCGAGAUUACCAGAGAGAGAUAAGUACUUGUUGCUUCGGCCGCAAGCAGAACUGGAGGUGAUAUCUUGUCCGAUGAGGAAGAGGAAGAGAAGAGGGAGUGAGGAGAAGGGGGAACAAGAGGACGAGGGAGAAGCGAGAGAAGAUGACAGUAGUGAGGAAGAAGGAGAUAUCGAGAUGUAUUCCGAGGAUGUGAAAUUAGAAGACAUACCGAGAUUGUGUAUACUGAGACCUUGUCCUCUCACAUGUGUCAAUCAGGAUAUCAUCGACGCCAUAAAACCUAUCUUACUCUAUCGAGAAUAUGAAGAUAGAGAUCAGGUCAAUUCCAAUGUCCUCAGUUACAGAAGGAGUUUAAGUAUGUUGAAAUCCGUACCAAGACGUAUAAGGUCAGGGAAAGAAGCUAUGAAACUUGCAGAUGUAGGGGAGAAAGUUGCCAUUCGAAUCGAUGAAUAUCUCUCCACAGGUUCAGUCGCAGAAUCUCAAAACAUACUCUCUUCUUCAAGAUAUCAAGCCUUGAACGAAUUCGCCUCAGUUUAUACCAUCGGCAAAGUCACCGCAAAAGAGUUAUAUGAUAAAUGGAAUUGCCGAACUCUUGAGGAUGUGAGGAAACACUACGAAUUCUUAGCGGGUGAAGCGCCCGAGGUCAGGGAAAAGGAAAAGAUAAGAAGAAGGAAGUCAGGAGGGAUGUUGCAUGUUGAUAUUGUGGAAGCUUGGAUGGGAUUGAAGAGCGAGUUAGAUACUCCGGACGAGGUACAAGAAAUCGCAGAUUGCGUGAUGGAACAUCUUUCCGCUUUAUUGGACGGUUGUCAAUAUACCAUCACUGGAGGAUACCGUCGAGGUAAACCUCAAUCUAAUGACGUGGACAUAGUUUUCUGCCCCCCUCGAGAGGGUCAAGAUGUUGGACUUUUACGCGACUUGACAUUACGUCUCAGUACAGUGGACAUAAUCACUCACGUCCUACAUACCACUUCCCGUGAUGCUGAAACACCGAUACAUUCCACACCCAACAACUUUGAUAAUCUCGACAAAGCAUUUGUUAUCUUUCGUUUACCAGGAAAGGGGAGAUUGCAUAGACGUGUAGAUUUGAUUUCGGCGCCGAAGGAGAGAUACGCUGCGGCGGUAUUGAGUUGGAGUGGGAGUAUGAUGUUUGAGCGUGAUUUGCGGAGACAUAUAGAACGAAGAGGACUCAAAUUCCGAGCAGGUCUCAUCGAUCCCAGCACAACGACGGAGAUCAAUUUACCUACUGAAAGGGAGAUCUUCGACUAUGUGGGCUUACGAUACGUACCUCCAGAGUUGCGUAAUGCGGAUGGUUGA